AUGUAUAGCUCGCAGCGGGAGCCCCAGCGGGAGCCGUAGCAUCGUCCAAUUGAAAUUGCAUAGCCAGGACUUUGCGACUUGUCUGAUGUCUCUGGGAGGGUUUAUUAGAACGACUAGGGCUUUCGGCUGAUGUGGCGCAGGUUGAGAUUCGCAUGGAACGUCCGGCGAGGAUUUUCCUCCGCAGUACGGCGGCGUAUUGAGGACGAGGGGGAUUGGUCUUAUUCCUCCGAGUGGUGGGGGGCCGACUCCGACGGUCACACCGUUUUCCGUUCCAUUUCCGACAAAGGAAACGGCGUCGUCUCCGUCGUCGCUUACCCUUCCUCUCAACCUAGUGAUUUGCACUGGCCUGAAAUGGAGAGAUGGUUACAGCGAAGGCAGAUAGAGGUACUUCCGGUAUGUGAACGCGGGGGGCGUUUAAGGAUACUCGGGUACCAAUGGCGGGCGCUUCGUUUUAAUGAUGAUACUCGCCAAAGCACUGCCAAAGUGAUGGCUGCUUACCGGGAAUCGGAGCCCGGUUCCGUGUGCCUAAUGCAGCAGCCACAUUGCCUGGCUGUUCCAUAUCUAAAGAGUAUGCUAUCAGCUGGGUUGGCUACCAUAGCAUCCUGUAGUUAUGAUAUAAUAGAAAAGGCGGUGCAUGGUAAGAAAACUAUGAACAUCUUAUGCAUUGGUCAUGGAGGGGGAAGCUUACCAUUAUUUUUGGCUAGUAAAAUUAAAGGUGCUUUGAUUCACGUGGUUGAAAUUGACCCCCUUGUUAUCUCAGCCUCAAUCAAAGCUAUGGGUUUUCCUGCUUUCUCAGUCAUGACCCAAUCAGGUCAGCGUGUCUUCUCCAAACCUAAUGCCAUUGAUGAAGUUCUGUGGAAAGGCAUCCAUGAGAAGCUAUACCUCUAUGAAUCAGACGCUGAGAAUUUUGUCCUUGACAACAACAAUCUAUAUGAUAUGAUCUUCAUUGAUGCUUAUGAUGGUGAUGACAUCUUCCCUCGCAAGCUGUGGGACCCAAAUUCCCCAUUUCUAAAAGCUCUCAGUAAUCAACUUCACCCGGAACAUGGCACUGUUGUGGUGAACCUUCAUUCAGAUUCUGACCUUCUGAACCCCGAUGGUUCUGUUCCAUCUGUUCUUGAGCAAAUUUUGCCGAUGGGGAAGUACGUUUCCAGAAUCGCCAGAGCAUACAAGGAUGUACUGGUAGGAACUGGGAAAGAAGGUUCUGGUUGGGGUUUUACUGUUUCGGUUCCUUGGGUGUGCAAUACAUCUUUAGUUGUAUGCAGAGGUUUACAAAAGAGUGGUGGGCAUCUUAACAGGGAUUUUUUUAUGAACACUAUCAUAUCAAAAUCCCUUGAAGUGGAAAAUCUUCUGGACUUACCUUUCUCAUGCUUGCAGUAUAUAAAGAGAGGUUUAGUAUUAAUUGAUUGAGCUGUGAACAGCCUUAAGUUA